UGCUGUGUUGAGUGUUGCCGUUGCGCCACAUAUUGAUUGCGAUUGUGUGUUAAAAUUCUUGGCGUUCUCUGACAACGUCGUUGUGGCUUGUGCAUCCAUGAACCUCAUGGUUCGGACAUGGGCCAUUUGGAGGGGCAAUCGUUCUGUCUGUCUCUUAUUAGCACUAGUGACCCUAGGGCACUGGUUCACAUUGACACUCGACUCGAAGGAUACGCAAGUCUCAUCAUCUUCCUCCUUCUGUGGAUUCUUAGUCGUAAACCCUACAUAUUCUGCUGCUACGUCCACGUACACCAUGAUCUUUGAUCUUCUACUGCUGAUACUGACCAUGCUCGGCCUUUCGCGAUCGUCUUCGUCUUCGCUCUGGACAACUCUGCGUAGCCAGGGCAUAAUCUACUUCUUCAUCACGUUCUUAGCUAGUGUCAUACCGCUUAUCUUUUCCUGGCUGAACUUCAAUUAUAUCAUGAAUAUCUUCUUUGCCUACCCUGCGGCCUGCGUUAUGACAAUGGCAUCUAGCCGCGCAGUGAUUCCAACAUUCAACACACCUCAUAGGUGAGAUAUCGUAUUCUGGUCAAGGACAUACCACCCUCACCUGAUCGCACGCGGUGGCUGUAUCAGAAUACCCAUCGGUGGCACGACAGAGCGCGGGAAAGAGGGCGUGCGAAUUGCGACUCGCGUCGUCUUGUCUGAAUCACCCGCCUCAGGGUUAGUGUGAUUGAUGGUGGUCGGUGGUGUAUGUUUUUACACGUACUACUGUAUUUCCCAUCCUUGGAGUCUUGCAAUACUUUCAUCCAUUUGUCGCGUUUAUUGCAUAUUAGACAUCACCUCUGCCCCACAUCCUUCCAACGCAUAUACAGUAUGGGACCUGUCAGCCAUCGUUGUGUACGAAAUUUAUUCAAUGGAACCGUUGUAAGUAGUAGGCUGUGUCUUCCUAACUUAUCUUAUUCCCA